AUGACCUUCGAUACUUCCCUUGUGGACAUCAACCCGCCCUCAAACGUCAAUGCCUCCUUCUCAACUACGGACUCGGGCUCAACAUUGGACGUUCAACAAAACCCCACGCAGGCUACAAGUGCAAGCAACACCUCCAAUUCAGUCCAGCAUAUUCCAACUCAAGCUGCCUACGACCAAUGGGCUUCCAUCUACGAUACCGAUGGCAACAUGCUGCAAGCAAUUGACGAUCUGGAACUUCAACAAGCUCUUCCAGAAUUCUUGUCGCAAGUCAAGAACAGCAAUGUCACAAAAGAGAAGCUUCAUGUCCUCGACUUGGGAUGUGGGACUGGACGAAAUACAGGAAAGCUCGUACGCUAUGAUUGGAACGGAAAGAGCAUCGAAGUUACUGGUCUGGACUUUUCGCAGGGUAUGUUGAAUGUCGCCACUAAGAAGCUGGCUACGUCGAUUGAGGGUCAAGAGAAGGUGCGGUUAAGACUGAAGUGCUGUGACUGCUUUCCAACAGUCAACGAUCCAUCGACAUCCCCAUUGCCUGCUGUUCAAAACCUGGAGCCAAGUCAUGCAGUCAUCUCUACUCUAGUAUUAGAGCACAUUCCGCUAGAGGACUACUUCGCCACGUUGUGCACGUUGCUCUUACCAGGUGGUACAGCGCUGGUAACCAACAUGCAUGCAGACAUGGGUCGUAUCAGCCAAGCCGGCUUCGUCAAUGCACAUGGUGUGAAGGUUAGAGGAAGUAGCUACGUCUACACAGUUGGAGAGACUGCAGAGGCAGCCAGAGCUGCGGGACUUGAGGUGAUAAGUGUGAAUGAGCGAGAGAUGAGAAAGGAGGAUGUUGAGAGUGGUGCUGUGGGCGAGAGAGGGUGGAAGUGGGUUGGUAUGAAAGUUUGGUAUGGCAUGGUUUUCAGAAAGGUCUUGUGA